UGAGGCGGCGGCGGAGACCGGGGGUCCGGGCGGCGGCGGCGGCGGCGGGCCGAGGAGCCGGGCGCGAUGGAGCGGAAGAGGUGGGAGUGCCCGGCGCUCCCGCAGGGCUGGGAGAGGGAAGAAGUGCCCAGAAGGUCAGGGCUGUCGGCCGGCCACAGGGAUAUCUUUUACUAUAGCCCGAGCGGGAAGAAGUUCCGGAGCAAGCCCCAGCUGGCACGGUACCUGGGCGGCUCCAUGGACCUGAGCACCUUCGACUUCCGGACGGGCAAGAUGCUGAUGAGCAAGAUGAACAAGAGCCGGCAGCGGGUGCGCUACGACUCGUCCAACCAGGUCAAGGGCAAGCCUGACCUGAAUACGGCCCUCCCCGUCAGGCAGACAGCUUCCAUCUUUAAGCAGCCAGUGACCAAGAUCACCAACCAUCCCAGCAACAAGGUGAAGAGCGACCCCCAGAAGGCUGUGGAGCAGCCCCGGCAGCUCUUCUGGGAGAAGAAGCUGAGCGGCCUGAAUGCCUUUGACAUUGCGGAGGAGCUCGUGAAGACCAUGGACCUCCCAAAGGGUCUGCAAGGUGUGGGUCCCGGCUGCACAGAUGAGACCCUACUUUCGGCCAUUGCCAGCGCCCUGCACACCAGCACCAUGCCCAUUACUGGGCAGCUCUCGGCCGCCGUGGAGAAGAACCCCGGAGUGUGGCUCAACACGGCCCAGCCCCUCUGCAAGGCCUUCAUGGUGACCGACGAGGACAUCAGGAAGCAGGAGGAGCUGGUGCAGCAGGUCCGCAAGCGGCUGGAGGAAGCGCUGAUGGCCGAUAUGCUGGCCCACGUGGAGGAGCUGGCCCGGGAUGGCGAGGGGCCAUUGGACAAGCCAGGUGCUGACGAAGACGAGGAGGAGGAGGAGGAGGAAGAGGAGGAGCCGGAGCAGGAUAAGGACAUGGAGCGCGUCUAGAGCGUGUGCGGCCGGCGGGCAGGCCCCGGCCGCAGGCUGCACUUGGGCAGUGACACGGGGAGGGCUGGUCCGGAGGCCUUGGGACCGGGCCCGCUCCAGAUGGAGGUUGUGCUGUGGGAGCCUCCGUCUCCCUAGGGAAGGUGCUCAGGGUGGCCUGGCCCUCAUUGGGGCACUCAGGGCCCCUCCCUGUCCUUCCAGAGGCCCCGUGUCGGGUGCCGGCAGACUGCCCUAGCAGUGUUGGGACCAGGCUGGGGAAGACGGUGGCCCCCGUCCCUUCCUAGGCCUGUCCCCUCCUCCAGGCACAGGGGCACCUCGGGGGCAUGGCUGGAGGACGGCCCCCUCCCCAACCAACCCCGUAGUGUCUAGAAGGGUCCAGCGUCUAGAGGUGCCGGGCACUCCUGGGCUGGGCCAGCCGCGCCCCUGUGCUCGUCACUGCCCUGAGCUGCUCACACAGGUAGGGCCGGAGGAACGUUCUGCAGCAGUCCUGCCUCCCUGUCUGCGUGUGAGGGGCAGUCCUCUGAGCCAGCUGUCAGUCCUGCCGGAAGGAGCUACAGGGCGGUGCCCCUUGUGCCCAUCCAGCCAGGCGAAGCCGUGAUGCUCGGAGCGUGUCCAAAAGCAAGCGGCACAAACCAGACAUUUUCCUUCAAUAAAUCAGUGGUACAAACAAG